AUGGGGAAACUGCAGAGCAAAUUCAGCAUUCACACCACCAAAUACAGGGCUGAUGGCUCCAUGGGAGAGGUGGGACCGGCUCAAUCCCCUCCACAGCACUGUCCCAUGCACAGUGAUGCCGUCACCUCAGUGGCUGCUCUCAAACUGGACCUGUGCGUGUCUGGAGCAAGGGACAAGAGCGUGGCUGUCUGCAGCUGGAGGUCUGGGGCUGUCCUGCGGCGGUUCACCGGCCACCAGCGGGAGGUCACCAAGGUCACCUCAGCCCCUGACUCCAACAGAGUCUUCAGCGCAUCCCGGGACAAGACAGCAAUGAUGUGGGAGCUCCAGGGGACAUCAGGACCAAACCAGCGCUUUGUGGCACAUGACCUGGUUGUGACAGGCCUGGCUGUGAGCCCGGAUGCCUCCCAGCUGUGCACGGGCUCACGAGACAACACCAUGUGCAAGUGGGACACGGAGACCGGACAGUGUCUGCGCAGAGUCAUCACCUUCAGGAACCUGGUCACACAUCUGUGCUGGGUGCCCAGGGAGCCUUAUGUCAUCCAGACCUCAGAGGAUAAAACAGUCAGGCUGUGGGACAUGCGGCAGCUGGAGGUGGCUCACACCUUCCCCACCAAGCAGCACAUCCAGACCUGCUGUGACGUGAGUCCCGACGGGCGGCUCUGCCUGAGCACCAGCAGCGGCACCGCGGGCGAGGGCUGCGAGGCCACGCUGUGGGACCUGCGGCAGACGAGAAGCCACGUGUGCGAGUACAAAGGGCACUUCCAGACCACGACCUCGGGUGUUUUCCUCCCCUGGGGCCCCGCGCUCACCCCCAGCAUCGCCACAGCCUCAUGUGAUGGCACCGUGAAGGUCUGGGACCGAGACACUGCAGCCUGCCUGGCCACACUGUACCUGGAUGGAGCAGGACCACUGUCCUCACUGGCUGCCUGUGACAGCUCCACGCUGCUCUGUGCCACUUCCAAUUCGGGAAUCCACGUCCUCCAGCUGCGUGACAGGGUGGAGCCGGCGCUGGAGGAGGUGGCAGCAUUCUGA